AGGCUGAAGCUCUUUGAAGGGCUGUGGCCCCUGCAGGCUCAGUCCCUCUGGAGCAACUCUAAGCUCGGCUCUACAGAUCCCACACUUCUGCAGCUCAGAUAAUCCCUCUCCGUCCAGUGUGCCUCGAACCCGGGAACCUGUAGGACCCAGCAGCCCCCUCCUCUUCACCUGUUCUCUCUGGGGUCGCUCCAUCCGCCGCUGAGACCGACCCACACCCUCCUCACUCGCCGUAAUCAUGAUCUGGUCUGCGGGCUGCAGCGUGCUUGUCCUGUCCGCGGUUCUGUCCGGUGUCUCUGGGGCGGACAUGGUGUUUCGCUGCCCGGGCUGCACGGCCGAGCGCCAAGCGCUGUGUCCCCGGCUCACGGAGAGCUGCGCGGAGAUCGUCCGGGAGCCGGGCUGUGGCUGCUGCCCCGUGUGCGCGCGUCAGGAGGGCCACACGUGCGGGGUGUACACGCCGAGGUGUGCCACGGGACUGCGGUGCUACCCCACGCCCGGGGCCGAGCUGCCGCUGGAGCAACUGGUGCAAGGCAUGGGCCAGUGCCGGCGCAGAGUGGAGCAGGAGGUGACCACGCUCAGCAGCGAGCCCCAGCAGCACACCAGCGGUGAUGUGGUGGAGGCACUUCCAGAGCAGGGGGUCAGUGAGGGGCCGGUCCUGCUGCAGAAGCCCAGCAAACAGGCCCCGUGGCUGGGACCCAAAGAGACCGCGGUCAGGCAGCACAGACAGGAGCUCAAGACCAAGAUGAAGACCAACAAGGUGGAGGAGGUCAAGCCGGCACGCCCGAAACAGACGCAGUGCCAGCAGGAGUUGGACCAGGUUCUGGAGAGGAUUUCCAAGAUGCCCUUCCGAGAUAACAGAGGUCCCCUGGAGGAUCUGUACGCCCUGCACAUCCCCAACUGUGACAGGAGGGGGCACUAUAACCUCAAACAGUGUAAGAUGUCCCUCCACGGCCAGAGGGGGGAGUGCUGGUGCGUCAACCCGCACACGGGACGCCCCAUCCCGGCCGCCCCCACCGUCAGAGGGGACCCCAACUGCGCCCAGUACCUCACUGAGCAAGACCUGGAGCUGCCCGACCUGGACCAAAUAUGAACCAAAACUAUAACCAAACCAAAACAUCUGAGUAAGCUAUUUACAACGUCAUCGUCAUCUUCACGAUUGUACCAGCACUAAACCAUAUAGAGCAUAGUUUUAGAUUUGUAAAAUGUUCAACUAAAAUAAUGGUACUUAAAAGGGCUGUACCUGUUUUUUUCUCGUUAUAUAUUAAAAAAAAAAAUCCAAAGCAGCUCUUGAGGUCAAAACGAGACCUCUGUGUGCUGUCUGCAACUAACUGUUAAACGUUUUUAUCCUCUGCGAACCAAGAAUUAAGGCUGGUGCGCGAUUAGCAUGCUAGUUGUUGUUAGCAUUAUCAGCUCUUCAGGUCAAAAUGAGUCCGCUGUGUGCUAUCUGCGUCUAAUUCGAAAGCGUUUCGCCAUCCGUGAACGAGGAAGUAGCAAAAGUCCACCUCUGAAAGUUGUGAAAAGUGCUUAUAAAAUCAUCAUGGUGAGUGAUUAAGGUGCUCUGAAUGCAUUAGGUAAGUGAGGAGUAACUGUGGAUCGCUGCAAACUAGUAGUAGUAACGUUAGUAGUUCUGUUUUUUUCACAUUUUUAAGACAAUAACAAAACAAAAAAAUCAGGUACAGCGUUUUUAAGAACAUUUACAGACUGUAUGUAACUGCAGAAGACUUGUAUGGUUCUAGAGUAGACUUGACUACAUGUGAAUUUAACACAUUGCAAAGUACUAAAAAUUCUGCACUUGACUUGAAAUAACACGAUUAAAACCAUUUCCACGUA